AUUGCUAGAAAAUUUUGUUUUCGAAUUUCGUUGAUUGGAAACCGCACAUUGACUUCGUAUUUGUGAUUUUACAUAAAAUUAAAUUUAACUGAAUUGUCACUGUUAUUAUAAUAAUGGCUAAUGACCCUGAAAGGUUUGAUUCAAUGCUGCUUGCUAUGGCACAACAGCAUGAAGGCGGUGUUAAAGACUUACUAAAAACAAUUGUGAGUUUCCUUGCAAGGAAAACUGACUUCUUCAUUGGUGGCAAAGAAGGAGAAUGGGAGAAAGUUAUACAAGAUACAUUUUAUGAGUAUGCAAGGAAGGCUAAAGAAGAAGCAAAUAAGAUAAAAAAAGAAAAAGAAGAAGCAGAAAAAAGACUAAAAGAAAUUCAACAGCGGAAAGAACAAGAGAGGCUUGCCCAAGAUUUUGAACCUGCAUCAGUUGUGGAGCUCACUGACCAAGAAGCAGACAAAAUGCAAGAAGAAAUUGAUAAGAGCAAGAAGAAAAAAACGGAAGAUGGAAGUGGUGAUGGCAGUGGCAAGAGCACAGAUAAGGAAGAGGGAAUACCCGAAAAUCCAGAUGAAGAGGAGGACCCUAAGGAAAAGGGUAAACUCAAACCAAAUUCUGGAAAUGGCUGUGACCUUGAAAAUUACAGGUGGACCCAGACCUUAGAAGAAGUAGAGCUCCGGGUGCCGCUGAGGCAGGUGCUACGACCGCGCGAUCUAAACGUGGUCAUCAGUAAGAAACACCUGAAGGUCGGCAUCAAAGGCCAGCCGCUCAUCAUUGACGGCGAACUGGAAGCCGAUGUCAAGGUCGAGGAGUCCACAUGGGUGUUACAGGACGGACGCAACUUGCUCGUCAAUCUGGAAAAGGUGAACAAAAUGAAUUGGUGGGGCAGGCUUGUGUUGACCGACCCAGAGAUAUCCACGAGGAAAAUCAACCCAGAACCGUCAAAACUGUCUGAUUUGGAUGGUGAAACGCGGGGCUUAGUAGAAAAGAUGAUGUACGACCAACGGCAAAAGGAAAUGGGUCUCCCCACCAGCGACGAACAAAAGAAACAAGAUGUGCUGAAAAAGUUCAUGGAACAGCAUCCCGAAAUGGACUUCUCCAAAUGCAAGUUUAACUAAGGAAUUAUUUUUAAGUUUAGCUAUUAUAAUUAAAUAAUUAUCCCACAUACUGUCGAUUGUUCUUAACAAUUAAACGUUUGACUGACAGUGAUUGAGUGUUUCAUAUAUUGAUUAAUCGAUGCAUUG